CUCUGGAGUAACAGGGGACUGCUGCUGGGCUGACUCAGGGAUCUGGAAGCAAGAGCGGAGCUUUCUCCAUCAAGCUGAAUAGACAGGUAAGGACUGUGAUCUUCUCUGGAUAGUAUGUGGGGAGCUGGGUUUGCAAGAGGAGCAAAGAGGGAGAGAUUAGUGGCUGCACCAGAAAACUUGUUUAUUGAGUGUUUGUGCUGAUUUGCUUGCUUUUGUGGUGGUUCCAUUCUACUGAGCAUUUGUUGUGAUUUGUUCGUGGGCAGGUGGCAAGGGCGAGAGGCAUUCACCCUGUGCUCAUCCUGGUUUGCUAAACGGCAGAGUUCACUUCCACAAGAGGCAGCAAUGGCCUUUGAAUGAGGAUGAGACAGAAAAACGGAGGAUGAGGCUAUCAAAGACUGCUAGGCCACUGUCGGAGGCAAGAAGCCCCUGAGCAGCAGUUGCUGGGAAUCACAGGUGGGGAAGGUGCUGUGGUGCUAUGUUUCUGCUUGCAGGGUUCCUUCGGGGGCUUCUGGUUGGCCGAUAUCAGAACAGAGCACUGGACUGGAUGGGACCUUGGUCUGAUCCCACCCCUCGGUCAUCAUCCUCUGCCUGGCUCUGUUUAGCAGCUUCGAAAUGAUGAAAUGUCUCAACAGCAGUUGUUUUAAAUUACUUUCUUUUGAGUGCUCAGGGGAAAAACCUGUCAAAAUCUUUCUGCAAUUUCUACUUUUAGUUAAGUAUUUUUAUUUAAUUACUUGACGGGGGGGAGCUUCUCCCGCUGCUCCCGCCCAGCUACGCCCAUGCUACCUUGGAAAGCAGUGGAUUCCACCAGGAACAAUGGAAGGAAUUUAAAGAUUACUUAGCUAAAUAUUGUAAUAUAAGACAAGUAGAAGCAACCUGAAUUUAUCAAAUUGGCUUAGGAAUAGAACAUGAUUAAAUUGUAGAACAUUUUGGGAGAAACUAUGAAAAGAAGUAAAGAAAGGAAUUUGAAAAAGUAAAUUUUGUUAGAAAGAAGAUAUUGGAAAACUGUUACAAGGGGAUACAAUGGAAUUCAGUUAGGGGGGAUUUGAGGAAGUCAUUUAACAACGAAAACUAAACUGGAUUUUUAGAAGGAUUAAGUGUUUAUUUGUAUGUUUUUUCUUUUUUCCUUUUUCCUUUUUUUCCUCUUUUGUAUGUUAUAUUUGUUAUAAACUUGGAAAACCAAUAAAAUUUUUGAAAGAAAAAAGAAGGAAAGCAGUGUAUUCUCCUUCCUUGGAGAUUUUUAAGCAAAGGUUCGAUGGACAUCUGUCAGGGAUUCUUUAGCUGAGAUCCCUGCACUGCAAGCGGGUUGGACUAGAUGACCAUUGGGACCCAAUCCUACAACUGGUCACUCACGCACCUCACAGUUCCCAGCGCAUUUCCCCAUCAAUUUCUAAACUGCUGAAAGUCAGUUUAUUUUUUUAAAGGGUAUGUGUUGCCCCAGGGUGACAGAGCGUGCCACAAACGUGGAUUUCCUGGUGUGCAUUUCAUAGAAUUGUAGAAUUGCAAAGUCAGAAGGGACCAUAAGGCUCGUCUUGCCCUUUGCAAUGCAGGAAUAUUUUGCCCAACGUGGGAUUCGAACUCACGAUACCAAGAUGAAGAGUCUCGUGCUCGACCAAUUGAGCUUUCUGUGAAAUAUUGGCAGUCUGGAGGCCCUCAUCCUCUGCUGUGUAUUUUCAUCAUUUAAGGUACAAAGGACUAGUAGGAAGGUAUCUGAAUCACUAAACCACUGGUGUGUGAGACAGCAAAGCUGGGGAACAUCCAUUAAACUUGCUGUGUGCACCCUGAAGUGGAAAAGAUUUACUCGAGCAGAAAGCUGUUGGAGAUCAGAUCACGAGAAAAGUGCAGUGAGGAGAACAUCACUGUGUCUUGUGCCCUAAUUCCUGAAUCGAUUCAGCUUAAGAACUGAGGUUGCUACUUGGGUCUCAUAAGAAGACAGGGGUUUUUUUCAGUGAAAAGGAAUUGUGAACGGAUUGCAAUUUUUAUCAUUGCCACUGUUACUGAAAGUAGAAGGACAUAGAGUCUUGCAGAAGGUUAAAGGUAAAUAUAUUGCAAAAAAUAGAUUGCGGUGUAAGCUUUCGCAGCCUACAAGAUCGCACCAGAUCCAUGGAGUGUUAUCCUGGGUUAUGGGUUGUGGGGGUGUUAAAAUGUGAAUUACAAUACAUCGAGCGUUUCUGCACUUCUGGAACUCCCUGCCUAUUGAUAUCAGGCACUGAGCUCAUUUUGGCACCUAUUCAAAAUAUUUUUGCUUAGAUAAGCCUGCCCACAAACCUAUAUUAAUCCUACAGCUCAGGACAGCAAUACCUUAAGGACCACCUUUCUCCAUAUAAACCUACCUGGACCCUGAGACAUUGUGGAAGUGGGGAUUUUUGGGUUGUUUCUGCUUUUGUUUUUAUUAUGUAUCUUGUUUUCUUUUAUAUUUGAGUUCUGUGUUGUUAGCCACCCAGAGAUCUAUGGGUACAGGACGUUAUAAACAUUUAAUUAAAUAAUAAUAAUAAUAUAUGACUCAUGGACUGAGCCAAAACAAAUUUAGGCUUACCAACACUAGGAUGCCUUUGUCAACAGGAACUGUCUUGUGAAUGACAAUUGCUAAGUAUGUACACAUCCCUGUUUGUACUGUUUUGGAUUUCAUUUCGCUCUGACCUCACUUUUUACAACCGCUCCUCCCCCCCUCCGCCCAAAACCCAUGUGUUUUACAUUCUUAUGACUCAGGAUAACGCUCUGUGCGUCUGGUGGGACUGCAAAAUGUGAAUACUCAUGCUAUAAUAAAUAGUUUCCUCUUUAACAUCCCAGAAAACAUUUUCACAUUCAUUUGCUGCAAAAAAACCCUUAACACUCCUGUAAAAAUUAGAAGAUAGUUGGUGUUUGUUGACUAAAAGCAUAGCUGUCAACUUUUCCCUUUUCUUGCAAGGAAUCCUAUUCAGAAUAAGGGAAUUUCUUUUUUAAAAAAGGGAAACGUUGACAGCUGUGACUAGAAGAUUAAGCAGAAUCUGGUUUAUACACUCCAGAUGUUACAACCAACACUUUGGACUGUGACUGAAGGCGUCUGAGGAAGUCUGAGUACUGUUUAUGGCUUUUCUUUAAGUUCACUUAUUUCAUUAUUCACCUAUUUCUGUAGCACUAUUCCUAUGCAACAACAAGACAGCAUUCAAUAACAAUUUGGCAUAAACCAGCAUUCACUAGGUCGCUGGCAAAUAAGUUAAAAAGAAACCAGCUGCUGCUGGUGGUUGUGGUUGCUAUCAUCGUCAUUGCAUGCGACACAUAAGAUAAGUUAUAUAAUUAUAAUUAUUAUUAUUAUUAUUAUUAUUAUUUAUUUAUUUAUUUAUUUAUACCCCGUCCAUCUGGCUGGGUUUCCCCAGCCACCCUGGGGGGUUUACAACACAAUAUUAAAAUACAGUGGUGCCUCGCAAGACGAAAUUAAUCCGUUCCGCGAGUGUCUUCGUCUAGCGGUUUUUCCGUCUUGCGAAGCAACCCUAUUAGCGGCUUAGCGGAUUAGCGCUAUUAGCGGUUUAGCAGCUAUUAAAGGCUUAGCGGAUUAGCGGAUUAGCUGCUAAAAGGCUAUUAGCGGCUUAGCAGCUUAGAAAAAGGGGGGGGAGCGAAAAAAAAUCUCAAGACUCGCAAGACAUUUUUGUCUUGCGAAGCAAGCCCAUAGGGAAAUUCGUCCUGCGAAGCAACUCAAAAACGGAAAACCCUUUCGUCUAGCGGGUUUUCCGUCUUGCGAGGCAUUCGUCUUGCGGGGCACCACUGUACAAUAAUGCAUCAAACAUUAAAAGCUUCCCUAAACAGGGCUGCCUUCAGAUGUCAUCUAAAAGUCUGGGAGUUGUUGCUCUCUUUGACAUCUGGUGGGAGGGCGUUCCACAGGGCAGGCGCCACCACCGAGAAGGCCCUCUUGCCUGGUUCCCUGUAACUUGGCUUCUCGCAGUGAGGGAACCGCCAGAAGGCCCUUGGUGCUGGACCUCAGUGUCCGGGUAGAUCGAUGGGGGUAGAGACACUCCUUCAGUUGCCAUAUUUCAAUAAGUAAAAAACCAGGACACCCCAAAAGUUGGAAGUAGGAAGACCUGCAAUUUUUCAGUUUACGUGCCAAAGAUCCAGGACAAACCAGACGUCCCCCCGGACGUCACUUCCACCUUUGAAAUCCCGGUAAUGUCCAGGAAUGGUAGCCCUAACAAAAAACCCAUUCUGCAUUUGUAAGAAUUCAAUCGUGUAGUGUAGCAGGACCUACCCUUUGGAACUCCCUGCCUAUUGAUAUUCAUCUAUUUGUUGUUGUUGUUGUUUAGUCGUUUAGUCGUGUCCAACUCUUCAUGACCCCAUGGACCAGAGCACGCCAGGUACUCCUGUCUUCCACUGCCUCCCGCAGUUUGGUCAAACUCAUGUUGGUCUCUUUGAGAACACUGUCCAACCAUCUCGCCCUCUGUCAUCCCCUUCUCCUUGUGCCCUCCAUCUUUCCCAUCAUCAGGGUCUUUUCCAGGGAGUCUUCUCUUCUCACGAGGUGGCCAAAGUAUUCGAGCCUCAGCUUCAGGAUCUGUCCUUCCAGUGAGCACUCAGGGCUUAUUUCCUUCAGAAUGGAUUGGUUUGAUCUUCUUGCAGUCCAUGGGACUCUCAAGAGUCUCCUCCAGCACCAUAAUUCAAAAGCAUCCAUUCUUCGGCGAUCAGCCUUCUUGAUGGUCCAGCUCUCACUUCCAUACAUCACUACUGGGAAAACCAUAGCUUUAACUAUACGGGCCUUUGUUGGCAAGGUGAUGUCUCUGCUUUUUAAGAUGCUGUCUAGGUUUGUCAUUUGCUGCCUGCCAAACCUAUAUAUCCAGACUUUGGGACCCUGCCCAGCCCACACAUACCUCUGGCCCUGUGCUGCACUCCGCUCGAGUGAUUUUUACCUAGCUGCAACAUGCUUUGAAUGCUGAAGAGGAUAUUAUUAUUAUUAUUAUUAUUAUUAUUAUUAUUAUUAUGUCUUUCUCCUGUCUGGCCUUGGUCAUAGUAGGAAGACAUUCAACCACACGUACUGAGUAAAACUCCCUCAGUACCACACAGCCAAUCAGAGCACAUGUUACCUCAGUGAGCAUCAUGGCACUCUGAUGGGUCGUUAAGCAACACCUCCGCCACUCUCUCAUUGGUGGACUAACUGUCAAGAGAAUUAACCCUUUGGUUACUAACUGAAUGGUCCUUGCUACUGUAAUUCCAGCACACAAACUCUUGCUUGGCUGGAUGGUGGUAUGUCAAACUACACCCAUUUUUGCCACACUCCCCACUGAUAAGUGCCCCCAGAAAGGUUUCCCAAUGGGAAAUGUGGAAAUGUGGCCCUCAGUGUGAAAAAGCUUCCCACAAACAUCCGUCAACACAAGAGCUAUUUUUCUGAUAAACUUUACUAGGAAGAUAGUGACAGUUCUGGCAAGAGUUUGUUUCCCAAUUGCAUCAAAGGCCUGGAAACGAUGCCUUAUGAGGAACGGCUAAGGGAGCUGGGCAUGUUUAGCCUGGAGAAGAGGAGGUUAAGGGGUGAUAUGAUAGCCAUGUUCAAAUAUAUAAAAGGAUGUCACAUAGAGGAGGGAGAAAGGUUGUUUUCUGCUGCUCCAGAGAAGCGGACACGGAGCAAUGGAUCCAAACUACAAGAAAGAAGAUUCCACCUAAACAUUAGGAAGAACUUCCUGACAGUAAGAGCUGUUUGACAGUGGAAUUUGCUGGCAAGGAGUGUGGUGGAGUCUCCUUCUUUGGAGGUCUUUAAGCAGAGGCUUGACAACCAUAUGUCAGGAGUGCUCUGAUGGUGUUUCCUGCUUGGCAGGGGGUUGGACUCGAUGGCCCUUGUGGUCUCUUCCAACACUAUGAUUCUAUGAUUCUAUGUGUGCUGGCUGGUUGUCUUAAUGUUGCCUGUCCCCCCCCCCCCCGUCUUUACUGCUUUAAUCUUCUUUUUCUGCAACCGAGGAGUGACUAGUAAGUUUUAUAGAUAAAUAGAAUAAUCAUAUGAGAAAUAUGAGAGUGUGCCCUACUUAUACACAGAGAUCGUGGCUGGCAAUUGUGCCUAAAUAUCUCCGGUUCACAAAUGCACCUACAUGGUGACUUGGGGUCGCAGUCCAUGUAGACUCAGCAUCUGAAUGUGUGAACCAACUCUGUUGCAAAGCAGUUGGCUGAAGUGGAAGCCCUGGUAGCAAGGGUCAGGGAUUAUGAGAGGUUACUGGGUGGGUUUAGGUAAUCUUUCAUAAUACAAAUUUUGGCCCCUAUGCGAGCCCAAAAUUUGGCACCCCUAAAUGGAUCUUCUCCAUUGUGGAUCUUCUCAAUUUUGUACCCCUUUGGCUCAGCCUCCUGUGUGGAGGAACCACCAAAACUGCGCUAAAUCCAGCUCUGGAGAUUAUAAUCCAGCAACAUCUCAAGGGCAACAGGUUCUCUAGGCUUGGUGUGCGCUAUCUAGGAAAUAAGAAUGGAAUCUUAUCCCAACACACAACAGUUUGCUCUGUAUUUGGAGGUCUGGCCAGCCAGCGUUUUGUCCCAUCUUCCUCUGAAAGUAUUUCCAUUCUCUUGAGAGUUGAUGUGGCCAGCAUGACUAAACUGCUUCUGGAGCAACGGGAUACUGUGAUGAGUCCCAGGGCGCAGGGAAACGCCAUUUACCUUCCUGCCGCAGCAGCACCUAUUUAUUGACUUGCACUAUGUGGGACACAGGUGGUGCUGUGGGUUAAACCACAGAGCCUAGGACUUGCUGAUCAGAAAGUCAGCGGUUUGAAUCCCCGUGACAGGGUGAGCUCCCAUUGCUCGGUCCCAGCUCCUGCCAACCUAGCAGUUCGAAAGCACCUCAAAGUGCAAGUAGAUAAAUAGGUACCGCUCCGGCAGGAAGGUAAAUGGCGUUUCCGUGCACUGCUCUGGUUCGCCAGAAGCGGCUUAGUCAUGCUGGCCACAUGACCCGGAAGCUGUACGCCGGCUCCCUCGGCCAGUAAAGCAAGAUGAGCGCCGCAACUCCAGAGUCAGGCACGACUGGACCUAAUGGUCAGGUGUCCCUUUACCUUUUAUGUGUGCUUUCGAAUUGCUAGGUUGGCAGGAGCUGGGACAGAGCAAUGAAAGCUCACCCCCAUCACAGGAAUUCAAACCACCGACCUUCCAAUUGGCAAGCCGAAGAGGCUUAGUGGUUUAGACUACAGCGACACCCGUGUCCAUAGACCAGGUGGUCCUCAGUCUGGGAAAGGUACAUUCUCUCUCUCUCUCUCUCUCUCUCUCUCUCUCUCACACACACACACACACACACACACACUGCCUUAUGACAUCUCCAAGACACUGCUGGAUAUGACUCUGUUUCAGUCAAGCAGGAGGAAAUGUAUUUUAAGCCCUAUCAGUCAUUUCUCUGGGAAGCUAUUAUUGCCGGCGACCAUGUUCCAACAGCAGCUCGCUUCUGCCCCUCAAAGGCUCCUCCACGGUUCCCACCCGGCCCUGGGAGCUGUGGGCAGAUCAGGAGUCUCUGUCUCCUCCCACAUGCCUGGCAUCUGUCAGGCAAGAUAGCCUGGGAAUCCUGCCUUCCUUUGGCAGAGCCUCAACAGCCAGCUUGAAGCCGCGCAGCUGUUCAUCACCCGAUGCACAAAUCCUUUCUAAAGGACUUCAGGAGGACUACAUGGGGGCAGUGGUGCUGUCUUCACCAGGCCAGGUGUGGCGAUCACACAGGGUCCCCGGACGUUUAACAGUCUAUUGAUCCCUGUGCCACCACUCUGAUCACUUCCCCGCUGCCACCAACCCGUUACUCUCUAAUAAAACACUGAGUCCAUCCAGUUGUUAAAAGUGAACCAAAAAUGCAAGUUUAUUUUACAAACAUAGACAAGUUUAUGGUUUCACAGAUAAUAUUCCUGUCAGUUUCUUAACUAUAGUUUCUUUACCAGCCUUUUGUUGUUUAGUCGUUUAGUUUUGUCCGACUCUCCGUGACCCCAUGGACCAGAGCACGCCAGGCACUCCUGUCUUCCACUGCCUCCCGCAGUUUGGUCAAACUCAUGCUGGGAGCUUCGAGAACACUGUCCAACCAUCUCAUCCUCUGUAGUCCCCUUCUCCUUGUGCCCUCCAUCUUUCCCAACAUCAGGGUCUUUUCCAGGGAGUCUUCUCUUCUCAUGAAGUGGCCAAAGUAUUGGAGCCUCAGCUUCAGGAUCUGUCCUUCCAGUGAGCACUCAGGGCUGAUUUCCUUAAGAAUGGAUAGGUUUGAUCUUCUUGCAGUCCAUGGGACUCUCAAGAGUCUCCUCCAGCACCAGAAUUCAAAAGCAUCCAUUCUUCGGCAGUCAGCCUUCUUUAUGAUCCAGCUUUCACUUCCAUACAUCACUACAGUGGUACCGCAGGUUAAGAACCUUUAUUCCAUAAUUUUAUCCAUGCAGCCAAUUCAAUGUUGUCAUUUUCCCUACCUUGAAUUGUGUGCAAGGCAUUUUGAGGAUAACAUCACUUUCUCUGGAUUCCAGAAUUGAAGCAUUUUGAGGAUAACUUUCACUUUCUCACUUUCUCUGGAUUCCAGAAUUGAAGCAGGUCCUUCCGUCCGGAGCUGUGUUGUGUGAGUUUCUGCUGUUAUAGCUUUGGGAUGUGGGUGAGGUACCAGCAUGACUAAGCCGCUUCUGGCGAACCAGAGCAGCGCACAGAAACGUCGUUUACCUUCCCGCUGGAGUGGUACCUAUUGAUCUACUUGCACUUUGAUGUGCUUUCAAACUGCUAGGUUGGCAGGAACAGGGACCGAGCAACAGGAGCUCACCUCCUCAUGGGGAUUUGAACCGCCGACCUUCUGAUCAGCAAGUCCUAGGCUCUGUGGUUUAACCCACAGCGCCACCCGCGUCCCUAUUAUUUAAGGAUCUUUAAAAACCCUGCUCUUUACUGCUGAAGUGGAGCAAAUGGCAAUUCAUGGAUAACCUGAAUUGCUGUUCCGAUUCAGCAUUAAAGAGCAGUUUUUCCAAGGAAAGGAAAGAAAAAACACUCAGGUGCAGAGCUUGAAAACAUGGACCUGUGCUUAGAAAGUACAGGACAGAAAGUAAGUGUUGAUGAGCCCAUAGUUGAGAACAAAGUCUUCCUUUUUUGUAUAAGCUUUCCAGGGGCAGACGGCUGGAGACAGGAAGAAGGACAUUUCUUCUGUCCUCCGUUUGCACUGGGAAAUCAAGUGAGGACAGCGAAGCGCCUGGGGGCUGUUAGCACAGCAUUAGUUCCAGUAGCAGCAAUUUGAUAAAUGGAUUUCCAUGCAUCGGAAUUGGUUGGGUAAACAGACUCCGUCCUUAGCUGCCUCUGGAGCUCAUAGCAAGAGGGAGCCCUCGGUGACACCAAUUAAGACGAACGAGAGCCCUUGGGUUUCCUUCCGUGAGGAGUGGACCACAACAACAUCCCAGCCGGGCAUAUUUAUGGCUCGUCGUAAUGAAAAAGCAAGACAGAACUUGUGGGAAUAAGUGACGCAACGCCACAGAUGGGGGCUGCCCAACUUUGGACAUGGCUGCAACAAACUGCUUCUGUAGGGUGUUCCACAGAACACUUUGCCAUCCGGAUCUCACAGAAGCUGAGAGUCAAGAGGUUGGUGGGCUGUUUUGAAUCAGGCACAACAUUGUCUUUUUUAUAUUGAGUCAGGCCUGUGGAACUCAGGGCUGUUGGUGACUCUCUGAGAUCUGCCUUUCCGAGAUCUUGGAAGAGAGUUUUUCUGGUUCCAGCCCUGUAAAAUAGUGUUGCAUGUCUGGGGGAAUUCCAUUGCUGAAGGAGCCAGGCAAGUUUCUGAGUGACUUAACGGGCCCUAACGGGUGGCGCUGUGGGUUAAACCACAGAGCCUAGGAUUUUCCGAUCAGAAGGUCGGCAGUUCGAAUCCCCGUGAUGGGGUGAGCUCCCGUUGCUCAGUCCCAGCUCCUGCCAACCUAGCAGUUCGAAAGCACAUCAAGUGCAAGUAGAUAAAUAGGUACCGCUCCUGCGGGAAGGUAAACGGCGUUUCCGUGUGCUGCUUUGGUUCGCCAGAAGCGGCUUAGUCAUGCUGGCCACAUGACCCGGAAGCUGUACGCCAGCUCCCUCGGUCAAUAAAGCGAGAUGAGCGCCGCAACCCCAGAGUCGGCCACGACUGUACCUAAUGGUCAGGGGUCCCUUUACCCUUUACCUUUAAGUAUGUUAAAAAGCAGAGACAUCACCAUGCCGACAAAGGUCCGUAUAGUUAAAGCUAAGAAUCCACUGGGAGAGAUCAUCAGAGGAUUUGGGGGAGGUGCUGAUGAAGUCUAGCUGUUUCCCCUUUCCAUCAAAAGCAGGUGGAGCAGAAAGGGAAUAAUGGACCAGAAAGGGAAUAAACUGAAGCUCCUUUCCUACAAUACAGAGAUGCUUACAGCAGCUGUUUCAUUGGCUGCAGAGGUAGUAAUUAUCUGUCCUGGAAAGGGGUGCAUAAGGUCAUGGACUGGUUGGAUGCAGAGGAAAGUUGGGAGGAACCAGCUGGGGAACCCCAAGGGAAGAAGGUUCAGAGCCUGGGGAGUGGUGGUGGGGUGACAAUGAGUGGGCAAAGGGAGAAGACAGGGAGAAGGUGUCGGAAGUUGAAGGGGCAACAGGGUUUAGUGAGCAGGGAGAGUCUGUGGCAGAGAGAAGUCAAGAAUGGGAGGCAGAAGCUGAAGCAGGCGAGGGAGAGGAGGGAAGUGAAGACGCAGAAAUGAAUUAGUCUGUUGAAGAGUCAUGGGUGUCUCCCCCUCCUCCCGUACCCACCUUGUCUCCUGGCACCAGAAGAGGCCUGAAAAGGGUGCAGGAGAGAUGGCUGCCUGCCGGCGCAGUCUAUGAUUGCCCACUGGGAAUGAGCUGCUGUGCUCAUUAGGAAUGACACUCAACCAAGUCUGUGAAGAUCGUGUUUGGGUUAAUAGUCAAUGUCAACUUUGGACUGUGUUAUUACUGACCAGUACAGUCACAUCACGGGACGGUGGUGGCGCUAUGGGUUAAACCACAGAGCCUAGGACUUGCCAAUCAGAAGGUCAGCGGUUUGAAUCCCCGCGACGGGGUGAGCUCCCAUUGCUCGGUCCCUGCUCCUGCCAACCUAGCAGUUCGAAAGCACGCCAGUGCAAGUAGAUAAAUAGGUACCGCUCUGGCGGGAAGGUAAACAGUGUUUCCAUGCACUACAGUGGUACCUCAGGUUACAUUCAUUUCAGGUUACAUACGCUUCAGGUUACAGGCUCUGCUAACCCAGAAAUAGUACCUCGGGUUAAGAACUUUGCUUCAGGAUGAGAACAGAAAUUGUGCUCCGGCAGCACGGCAGCAGCAGGAGGCCCCAUUAGCUAAAGUGGUGCUUCAGGUUAAGAACUGUUUCAGGUUAAGAGUGGACCUCUGGAAUGAAUUAAGUACUUAACCUGAGGUACCACUGUACUCUGGUUUGCCAGAAGCAGCUUACUCAUGCUGGCCACAUGACCCGGAAGGUGUAUGCCGGCUCCCUCGGCCAAUAAAGCGAGAUGAGCGCCGCAACUCCAGAGUUGGUCACGACUGGACCUAAUGGUCAGGGGUCCCUUUACCUUUUACAGUCGCACCACACAGACACACACACAGAGAAAGAGAGAGAGAGAGAGAGAGAGAGAGAGAGAGAGAGAGAGAGACUGACUGUUUUAGAGUGCUUGUGAAUGCACAGACAGUACUGUGACUAAAAACUCUUUCUUCCAAUGCUGGGUAUCCCAGCAACGCCCCUUCCUGGGAAACAAAAACCACGCUAUUGUUUUGCAUGUCCUGCUAACUUCUUGUCUUGACUUCUGUGAUGUGAUCUAUAUGAGAUUGCCCUUGGAGACAGUUCAGGAACUUUGGCAACACCCAUUUAAAGGACAUGGCUUCCCUCAAAACACCCUGGGAGCUUUAGUUUGUUAAGGGUGCUGGGAACUGUAGCUGUGUGAAGGAUAAAUUGCAUCUCCUAGGAUUAUUUGGGGGAAGCCAGGACUGUAAAAACAAUGCAAGGUGGUGAUGUGACUUGCAGCAAUUUGACAAAAUGGCUCUCAUGCUGAGCUGAGCACACAUGACACCAGUUUUUAAAGAAUCCCACUGGUUAGCAUUUAGUUUCCAGGCUGGACUCAAAGUGUUUGCUUUAAAAAAGAAAGAGGUGAUGGAUUCAGGAUAGUUGAGAGAACAUAUUCCCCCAAAUACCCUCUGCAGUGAGAGCUGCUUUUUUAUAUGCUGUGAUCUUUUUAUGUGAACCGCCCUGAGACCUCCAGGUAUAGGGCGGUUUAUAAAUAAAAAUAAAUAUAAUAACACCAUCUGAGAUGAGAUUCACUUCAGUUCUUCCAGAACAGAAGCCUUUUUAGUGGUGGCCCCGUUGGUCUCCCAGCCCUGUCUCACUCGCCCAUUCAGAAAAACCAGAAGCACAUUCUUCUUUUCCAGUCGCCUUUGUGUUGCUGGAAUCUAGAUUUUAAGCCUUGCCUUCCUUUUUAUAUUGUGUGUGUGUGUGGAUUCUAGAUUAAUGUUUAUUGGGUUUUAGCUUAGUAUCUCUCUGUCUCUCUAAGCCACCUUGAGCAUAUUCGCUCACAAGCAAAGGGACACAGGGGGUUCCUCUCCCCCACAUCUUAGCCCGAAAUAAAUAAAUAAAUAAAUAGAGCCACCCCGCAAGGCUUAAAUACUCAGCAAGUCCCAUGCCACUUCAUAAAUUUCCAAGAGAUUUGAGGCAGCGAGCCAGGAGCUUGCAAAGCAGCUUGGACUACAGACAGAAGACAAGGAGUUUCAUUUUUUCCCCUCUUUCUCUUUUCAGUUUCCAGUGCCUGUUCCGCACUCCGCUGCCUGUCUUUGCGUCCAACGCUAUAUUUAGAAGGAGGAGGGAGAAAGAAAGAAAGAAAGAAAGAAAGAAAGAAAGAAAGAAAGAAAGAAAUUUUCUUCUUCUGGAGGCAUUACUUUCCAUUCGGAAUAUCUCCCAAGCAUCUUGAAUGAAAAGCACCAAUUCCAUAGGUAAGAAUUUAUUCUUGUUUUUACUGUCUCUGCUUCUCCGCAGCCCAGACUGCAUGGACACUGGACUUUUAAAGCACACAUCCCCUCACCCCAAAGAACCCUGGUAGCUGUAGUUAGUGCUGAGAACUGCAGCUUUGUGGGGGUGAACUACAGUUCCCAGAAUCCUUUGGUUGGGGGAAAGAAUGUCCUCAUCUGACCCUGGUCAGGGACCUCUACUAUCUAUCACUCUUGCUUUCUGUUUCCCAUCUAAGAAAUGACUUCUGGUUUUAAUUUGACAUUUCCCCCACCGAAAAGGAAAAUAUACAAUAGAUAUAUAAUACUGCAAAUGAACGUCACCAGUGUUUGGUUACUAGCUGAACCCAGCUUCCCUUUGAAAUCCACAAUUCUCCAAAUUUCCCAACGCAGUUCCCCAACUCCAAAAUGUGUAUAACAGGGUAUAUGCAGAAAAAAUGUGUUAUGUUAGCAAUAGUAAUAUGCAAAAAAUGUAUUAUAUUAGUGAAAGCCACAUGCAGAAAGGUGUUUCACGAUGUGCAGAUCAGGUAAACCAAAUUUCUUCCCCAUCUCUAGCUGAAGAGAGGUUCUGCAAGUCACAGCAGACUAGUGGGGGCUGAUGGUUUGAUUUUAUCCACAGUAGCCUAUGUGUGUUGAAUCCCUUCUAGAAUCCCAUGUGAAGCUCCCAGGGGCUCCACAAACCUCUCACCUUGACAAGAAGCAUCAUCAUAACACAGCCUGUGGACAAGACCCUUUUUACUUUUAAACCCUGGUCCCCAUGCCAGCUGCUCCCCUUCAGUAUCCCUUAGCAAAGCUUUCUCUAGGGAGCCAACCAGAAUCCAGAAGUAAGUCUUUGUGCAGAUCCUCCAUCCACGAGCCAGUCAGGGACCCAAUCAGAUGGGUCAUGCAAGGAAGAUGGUUUAGAGUUGCAAAUUAGACAGCCACUUCCAGAACAGCCUUGCACCUGCAUGUGGAGGAGAACAUGCAUAUUAUUAUUAUUAUUAUUAUUAUUAUUAUUAUUAUUACCCCACCCAUUUGGCUGGGUUUCCCCAACCACUCUGGGCAGCUUCCAGAAGAAUAUAAAAACAUAAUAAAAUGUCAAACGUAAAAGAAUUCCUAAUACUGGACUACCUUCAAAUAUCUUCUAAAACGUGUGUACAGUGGUACCUCAGGUUAAGAACUUACCGUAAUUCGUUCUGGAGGUCCGUUCUUAGCCUGAAACUGUUCUUAACCUGAAGCACCACUUUAGCUAAUGGGACCUCCUGCUGCCGCCACACUGCCUCAUGAUUUCUGUUCUCAUCCUGAAGCAAAGUUCUUAACCCGAGGUACUAUUUCUGGGUUAGCGUAGUCUGUAACCUGAAGUGUCUGUAACCUGAAGCGUAUGUAACCCGAGGUACCACUGUAGUUCUUUAUCUCCUUGACACCUGAUGGGAGGGCUCUACCACCAAGAAGGCCCUUUGCCUGGUUCCCUUUAGCUUCACUUCUAGCAGUGAGGGAACCACCAGAAGACCCUCAGAGCUGGACCUCAGUGUCCGGGCAGAACGAUGGGGGUGGAGACGCUCCUUCAGGUCUACUGAACUGAGGCCGUUCAGGGCUUUAAAGGUCAGCACCAACACUUUGAAUUGUGCGUACAGGGAGUCAGUGAAGAUCCUUUAGAACCAGUGUGAUAUGAUCCACAGUCACCAGUCUUGCUGCCGCAUUCUGGAUUAGUUGUAGUUUCCAAGUCACCUUCCAAGGUCCCCUCCCCAUUGUACACAAACACAUGCUGUUGGCUCCUCACCUGUGCACAACCCUAUCCAGCCAUGAAUCUCGUUGAAGGACCAUCAGGUAGUCCAACUUAGCAACUAGAAGGGCAGUUGUGAUGAUUUAGUGGGGGAAAUCCAAGGAUGAAAUUGAUGGACUAUGCAGAGUUAGAUAAAUUAACAGGAAGGAUUCAAAACCUGCGGGACCAGAGAUUCUCAGAAGACUGGAGUAAAUGUACGAACUAUUUGAAAAGCAAUUGUGAUGAACAGAUUAUGCUAGUAGGAUUGCAAGAAGCUUUGUAAGGUGAACUAUUUGAAAUAUUGCAAGAAAGACUAUGAGGAGAAUUAUUAGUUAAAGAUAAUUAAAUGUAAUAUAGAAAUUAAGAAAUGCAUAAUUAGUGAUAGAGAACCGAAAAUCAUCAGAGGUGUUGACGGAAGUCUAAAAUAUUGUAUAAGAUGAGAAGUUAAGUUGUAUGACUGUUGGAAUUGAUGUGUGUGUGUGUGUGUGUGUGUGUGUGUGUACAUAUAUAUAUAUAAGAUUUAGUGGGGGGAAUCCAUGCCUACGUCCUGAGGUUCUUUGAAGGCUAUGAAUGUCAAUGGAAUAAUAAUAUUAGUAAUACAGGAAGGUGCCAGCUGUCCAAAUCCAUGGCAUUUCCUGGGAGUUUGGCUUCUGUUGCUGCGGCUGCUGUAAGAGAGGAGGAAGAGGGGUACAGAAGCCGGACUAGUCUGGAAUCCUCCCCCUGCCUCCAAAUACCUGUACUUGGGUGUGUUUGAGAUCUUCCAUCUUUGGCCUUUGGGGUUGUGUUUUUGCCCUCAAGUGCCCGGCAAUGGGUUUUUAGCACAUGCCUUGUUGGGACCUUUCCUGGGCACCUGGUGUGCAGGUGCUAGGUGAGGCAGAUCUUGGUCCUAGACAAACAGACAGACUGUCAAGGGCAUGAUCCGCUGCAGGCAUUCGGUUUGAAGGGUCACACCAUUAAUGCUUGUUGUUGUUGUUGUUUAGUCGUGUCCGACUCUUCGUGACCCCAUGGACCAGAGCACGCCAGGCACUCUUGCUUCCACUGCGUCCCGCAGUUUGGUCAAACUCAUGCUGGUAGCUUCGAGGACACUGUCCAACCAUCUCGUCCUCUGUCGUCCCCUUCUCCUUUCCCAACACCAGAGUCUUUUCCAGGGAGUCUUCUCUUCUCAUGAGGUGGCCAAAGUACUGGAGCCUCAGUUUCACGAUCUGUCCUUCCAGUGAGCACUCGGGGCUGAUUUCCUUCAGAAUGGAUCGGUUGGAUCUUCUUGCAGUCCAUGGGAUUCUCAAGAGUCUCCUCCAGCACCAUAAUUCAAAAGCACCAGUUCCUUAGUGAUCAGCCUUCUUUAUGGUCCAGCUCUCACUUCCAUACAUCACUACUGGGAAAACUAUAGCUUUAACUAUACUAUGCUAGCCUGCUCUAAAUCUUUCCAUCUUUGCCCCCCAGGCAAUCAGCUGUGGGUACUUCAGAAACUGCUCAAGCUCAGAGGAACCUGUGGGUGCUGAUGUUUGUGUUGUUGUUUCUUAACACAGCAGCCUUGUAUCUUUAAGUCAGCAGCCUUGCAGCAACUGCAAAGUGUCCUCUCAAAGCUCAGCCGAGAGGGAGAGAGUGCGUGUGGUGUCUGUAAAUCUUCCCCAGUGUCAUUUCACCCUUAUUAGGCAGUUAACAGUUUUAUAUAAAUAGUACAUCUGUCCGGGGAUUAGCGCGGCAAGAGGAUGUUUACAGUGUGUGUAUUUGCCACUGUGUCCUUAGAAUAAACACCUUUCAUUGCACUCAAGGUGACCAGAUGUAGUUUGGUGUGAGGGAGGGGACUACCCCCUCCCCCCGCUCAAAGCUGGAUUCGGGUAACUCGUCCAUAUGGCAACAAGCCACGCUCCCCGUUGAAUGCCGUGCUACAAAACUGGGAGCGCGGGAAUUGUUUAAGCAUCGCAUCGUCUUCCAAAGGGAAGACAGAGGAGGAUCAGCAGCUCUUAACUGGGAGAUGGAAUCUCUUGGUCAAGAGGCCGGGAUUCCCUGCACCCAAAUUUCUGGGAGAGAUGGCCUUCAUGCCCUGAUGAUGGGGAUGCCCUGUUGGUGGUUGAAAGACAGUGCUGUAUUUAUUCUGAUGCAAGAGUGAGAUGCAGGAGAGGGGGAAAGGAGCCAUCUCUUUACAGUUCAUGGGUAGGCAAACUAAGGCCCGGGGGCCGGAUGCGGCCCAAUCGCCUUCUAAAUGCAGCCUGCGGAUGGUCCGGGAAUCAGCGUGUUUUUACAUGAGUAGAAUGUGUGCUUUUAUAUAAAAUGCAUCUUUGGGUUAUUUGUGGGGCAUAGGAAUUUGUUCAUUCCUUCAAAAUAUAGUCCACACACCCCCAAGGUCUGAGGGACAGUGGACCGGCCCCCUGCUGAAAAAAAUCGCUGACCCCUGGCGUAGUUAAACUACAGAAUUUGGUACCAAAGGAUGCAGCACCGAGAACCAGAGUGGUGUACAGUGGUACCUCGGGUUAAGUACUUAAUUCAUUCCGGAGGUCAGUUCUUAACCUGAAACUGUAUUUAACCUGGAAGCACCACUUUAGCUAAUGGGGCCUCCUGCUGCCGCUGCGCUGCCGGAGCAAGAUUUCUGUUCUCAUCCUGAAGCAAAGUUCUUAACCUGAGGUAAUAUUUCUGGGUUAGUGGAGUCUGUAACCUGAAGCAUAUGUAACCCGAGGUACCACUAUAGUUGUUAAGAGUGGUUAAGAGUGGUAGACUCAUAAUCUGGUGAACCGGGUUCGCUUCCCCACUCCUCCACAUGCAGCUGCUGGGUGACCUUGGGCUAGUAGCCCAUCUGGUCCAGCAGCCUGUUCUCACCAUGGCCAACCAGAUGCCUGUGAGAAACCAUCAAGCUGGAUUCAAGCACAAGAGCAUUCUCCUCUUUUGUGGUUUCCAGAAACUGGUACCCAGAAGCAGAGCAGAGCCAUCGCGGCCUGUAGGCAUCAGUUGCCCUCCCCUCCUCCAUGAAUUUGUCCAAUCCUCUUUUUAAAGCCAUCCAAACUGGUCACCAUCACUGCCUCUUGGGGGAGUUCCAUAGUUGCUGCACUGCGGGGAAACCAGUUCCUUUUAUGUGUGUUCUGAAUCUUUCAACAACAAAGGGCACUGGGUGUGUGGCAGGAAUUUAUGUAUAGGCUGGGGGGGGGGUUGCCCCUCCAGCAGAUAUCAUGCACAUGCAGCCCACUACCAAAAUCAGCACAAUCACUUUUGUGACUUUUGUGAUUUGUCCCCACAAAACACUUCAUCACAGUUUCUUCUUAUCUAUUCAAAGGGCCUUUGCUGCACGAUACCAAAUGUAAUAAUUCACUGAUAAAUGUAUCUAUGCACUGGCUCACAGGGAAAACUUCAGAAAUUCAUAUAGACAUGUGAGCUCAGUUACUCAGCAGCCCCUCUGCCUGAGUGAUAAUUCCUGGCAUCCUGACACCUGAGUGCCAGACAGGUAGCCAUUCCAGAAAUAACAAACCCAGAUGAAGACAGAAGGGUGUGAUUAACUUGGGUGGGAAACAGGGAAAUGUAAAUAUCUCUUUGGUUACACUUGAUGGAUGUUUGGUGGAGGGCAAGGGGAACCAUGGGGCAGGGUCCAGGAUGCUCAGAUUACUGCCCCCAGACCUCCCCUUUCAUGAUGUAACCAUGAUGUAUGAAUGAUGUAGUUUGGGGGGGUGUAACAAGGGGAUUAGCAGCUAAUAAAAGUUUGGGGGCUGUUUUGUUCGGGGCUUCCAUCUUGUUCCACCUUGUGGCAGGUGGGAGUCCUGUCGCGACAGUCUUCAAUAAAGACCAAGCCUACUGGCUGCUGUUUUGCUCUGGUAUUCCUGGCUGGUGUCCUUGGUGGUGUUUUUUGUCCAGGGGAGCCAUCAGAUUUCUCCAUUAACAGGUGACCUUGGAUCCAUCACAGCCUCUCAGUCUGUCAUACCUCGCAGGGUUGUUGGGAGGAUAAAAUGGAGGAAAGCCAUGCCAGUUUUCCUGAGCUUCUUGCAGGGAAGGUGGGAUGGGAAUGCAGCAAAAUAAAAGAAUCCAUCGACAAAUGGUGCCAAUAGCAGGAAUUAUUAUUAUUAUUAUUAUUAUUAUUAUUAUUAUUAUUAUUUAUUAUUUAUACCCCACCCAUCUGGCUGGGUUUCUCCGGCCACUCUGGGCAGCUUCCAACAGAAUAUUAAAAUGCAAUAACCUAUUAAACAUUAAAAGCUUCCCUGAACAGGGCUGCCUUCAAAUGUCUUCUAAAAGUCUGGUAGUUGUUGUUCUCUUUGACAUCUGGUGGGAGGGCGUUCCACAGGGCGGGUGCCACUACCGAGAAGGUCCCCUGCCUGGUUCCCUGUAACCUCACUUCUCGCAAUGAGGGAACUGCCAGAAGGCCCGUGGCGCUGGACCUCAGUGUCCGGGCAGAACGAUGGGGGUGGAGACGCUCCUUCAGGUCUACUGGACCGAGGCCAUUUAGGGCUUUAAAGGUCAACACCAACACUUUGAAUUGUGCUGGGAAACGUACUGGGAGCCAAUGUAAGUCUUUCAAGAAAGAGAUCUGGGUUACUAUUGGCUAAUGGUCAACCUCUCUUUGGGGGGGCAAGGUGUUCCAGUAGGUGGUGGCCGUGAGGUUCCAAGUGUUUUUGCGUAAAAUGGAUGAUCUGGACCCAUUCUUGUCAUAGAACACGAGAACAACCUGCUGGAUCAGAUCAAUGGCCCACCUAGUCCAGUGGCCAACCAGAUGCCUGCAGAAAUCCAACAAGCAGGAUUCAUGCACAAGGGCCAUCAAUAGCUUUCUCCUGUAUGAAUUUCUCCAAUCCUCUUUGGAAGCCAUCCAAGUUGGUGACCAUCACUGGUGCCUGGCCUGGUUUGGAGACUGAAAUCAAUAGUACUGUGCUGGGAAGAGAUAUGUGUCUCCUCCCACUCUGUGUACUAUGCUCCCUUUUAAGAUCCUUCCCUGCUCCCCCAGCCCCACCCAUGUAUACCUCUACUUUGGGAAGAAAAAUCAAGAUUUGUAGCUCAAUGUGACAUAUUUAGAGGCCGUCUUGUUUUGGCCCUGAGCUGCUGUCUGACUUUUCCUCCCAAAGCUUGUGAUGGGCUUGUGUGUGGGAGCUGAGGGGAUGUGUAUACACAAUAUAAUUGUCCCAGCCUCCCCAAUAAAAUGUUUUUUACGAGGCUUUAAGUGUGUGUGCCGAUAAAUAUAGAGAUGAGUGAGGAACCAAUUCCACUCAGCCCCGAUGCAGUGUCUCUUUUAAGAGAGCUCUUCAAAUCAAGGGAAUAUUUUUAGCCGCUGUGACUUCAGCAGGGAAAGUACCCUGAGAAGACAAAGCUUGGGAGAUAAAAACAACAACAACAACCCUAAAUGCGUAACCCAACAAGAAGGACUUAGCCACACUCCCUGCUCUUUCCAGGGAGAGCUCCCCACUUUAAUGUUCCAUGUCUGAGUAUGUGGGUUGUUUGGAUCAGAGCUUUUCCCGCAAAAAGCCACUCUCUGAAGCUGAAUUGGAUCAAAUUUCCAUUCCGGUUUCCCAACAGAUUUGUGUUUGCUCCAAUUGAGCUUUAAAGAGUGGGUUUUUGCGGGGUAAGUUCUGGAGCAAGUUCUGUGAUAUUUUGAUUGAUGGAUUGAAUCAUACAGUUGUAGAGUUGGAAGGGACCCCCAGGCAUAGCUGUCAACUUUUCCCUUUUCUUGCGAGGAAUCCUAUUCGGAAUAAGGGAAUUUCCCUUAAAAAUGGGAAAAGUUGACAGCUAUGCCCCCAGGAUCAUCUAGUCCAUCCCCCUGCAAUGCAGGAAUCUCGACUAAGGCAUCCAUGUCAGAUGGCCAUCUAACCUCUGCUUAAAAACCUCCAAGGAAGAGAGUCCAUAACCUCCCAAGGGAGUCUGCUCCACUGUCAAACAGUUUUUACUGCCAGAAAUCUCUUCCGUAUCUAGUCAAAAUCUCCUCUCUUGUCCUCGGUCCUGUAUACCUGAAGGAGCAUCUCCACCCCCAUCGUUCAGCCCGGACACUGAGAUCCAGCGCCAAGGGCCUUCUGGCAGUUCUCUCAUUGCGAGAAGUAAGGUUACAGGGAACCAGGCAGAGGGCCUGCUCAGUAGUGGCGCCUGCCUGUGGAACGCCCUCCCCGCAGAUGUCAAGGCAAUAAACAACUAUUUUACUUUUAAAAGACAACUGAAGACAGCCCUCUUUAGGGAAGUUUUUAAUGUCUAAUGCUGUAUUGUUUUAAAUAUUCAGUUGGAAGCCGCCCAGAGUGGCUGGGGAAACCCAGCCAGAUGGACGGGGUAUAAAUAAUAAAUAAUAAUUAUUAUUAUUAUUAUUAUUAUUAUUAUUAUUAUCAUUAUCUCUUGUCACUUGAAGCCAUUGGUUCUCAGGUCCUACCCUUCAGAGCAGGAGAAAACAAGAUUGCUCCAUCUUUCAUGGGGCAGCCCUUGAGAUAUUUGAAGAUGGUCAUCAUAUCUCCUCUCAGUCUCCUCUUUUCCAGGCUAAACAUACUCAGCUCCUUCAACUGUUCCUCAUAAGGCUUGGUUUCCAGACCCUUGAUCAUCUUGGUUGCCCUCCUCUGCACACCUUCCAGCUUGUCAACAUCCUUAUUAGAUUGCGGUGUCCAGAAUUGGACACAGUAUUCCAGGUGUGGUCUGACUAAAGCAGAAUAGAGUGGCACUAUCACUUCCCUUCAACUGAUUAAAAAUAUUUAAAAAAAUAGUCUAGUAGCACCUUAAAGACCAACUAAGUUUGUUGGGCUUUUAUGUGCAUGCACAGUUCUUCAGAUACACUGAAACAGAAGUCACCAGACCCUUAUAUAUAGUGGGAGGGUGGGGUGUUUCUCAGAAGGGUAAUAGGAGAUGGGUGAUUGGCUCAAUGGGUAUGCUAAACCUGUUGACGACUGAUAAUGACUGCAAUUAGUCCUACAGGAAAAAGGAAGGGAUAGUAUGCAGGUGAUCAAAAAUAGCUUUAGCAUAUGUAAUGAGACAAGAAUCCAAUAUCUCUAUUCAGACCAGGUCUCUCCAUAGUUUUCAGUUUGGUAAUAAGUUGUACUGGACACUAGACGUCUGUUGUUGGUUGAUUUCAUAAAAUGUGACACCACUUGACUUUAAAAAGGGGGGGGGGGACAACAACCUGCAAAGCGGUUUAUUAAAAAGAUAAAACAAUGCUAUUAUCGAUAAGAAAAUUUAGCAAGAAUAACGCAACACAAGGCUUUCAAAAAGUUAAACUAACAAUAGACGAGAAACAGAUGAAAACUCACACCAGCUUUCUAAACAUCUAGGUAGGCUUGUCUAAACAAAAACAUUUUAAAGGUAAAGGGGACCCCUGACCAUUAGGUCCAGUCAUGGCCAACUCUGGGGUUGCGGCGCUCAUCUCGCUUUAUUGGCCGAGGGAGCCGACAUACAGCUUCCGGGUCAUGUGGCCAGCAUGACUAACUAAGCCACUUCUGGCAAACCAGAGCAGCGCACGGAAACGCCGUUUACCUUCCCAUCGGAGCGGUACCUAUUUAUCUACUUGCACAUUUACGUGAUUUCGAACUGCUAGGUUGGUAGGAGCUGGGACCGAGCAACGGGAGCUCACCCCAUCGCGGGGAUUCGAACCGCCGACCUUCUGAUCAGCAAGUCCUAGGCUCUGUGGUUUAACUCACAGCGCCAGCGCAAAAGAGGGGACAAUGAAGGCGUCUUCCUGAUUUUAAUAAGCAAGGAGUUCCAAAGUGUCCUGUUGGUGCACAUGGUGCUCAGCCAAAAGGGUGCAAAAUAAUAAUAAUAUUUUUUUUAAAAAACCUACUGAGAAGAUCAAUAAAAAAGCAACUGUACCAAAAGGAAUUGUGGUGAAAAUAAGAAAUAUUUUUUGGGGGGGCACCAAAUUUUGUCCUUGCGGGGGGUGCCACAUUACCAAAAGCAGCCCCUGCCUUCAGGGUGGUUGCAGCUCCCCUUGCUGCCCUGCCUGGCUCUGCGUCCUUUUUCCCAGUUCCAUGCAGAGACUCUCUCUUCUGCUCUUCACAGCAGCCUCUUCUUCCUGCCUCUCAGCCUUCAUCAGGGCACUGGAGGAGCCCUCUCUGAAGGCAUAGCCAGCCCUUCUCACUUUCCACAAAAGUAAAAUACCAUAUUUGGCCAAUCUGAGCUGGAGCAGAGCAAGAACUUGCCAAGAGACAAAGCGAACCAUUUGAAAGAAAGAAAGAAAGUUUUAACCCUUCAUUUAUAAAUAAAAUGAUAAAUCACUGGGAGAAAGUUUAAACACAGAGGUUUUGGAGAAUUAAACAGGGUUGGGGGAAAAAUUUUGCCCAGCAGCAGGAGCAAGGAAGAAGCAAUAAUAGUAAUAACUUUGAUUCAAGUCUAGGAGAUGCAGGAAGCCAGAAACGUUAAUGCAGAUGGUUUGUUUAAAUUGCGCUCUUUUGAGUUUUCAUGCCAGGAAAAUGCAUCUUUGUAUCUCGCCUUCUUUCUCAGGAAUGUAGGAAGAUACUGAGGCCGUGUUCCCACCAUACAUUGAAUUCGCUCUGAUACCUUUUUAAGCAGUCAUGGCUUCUCCUAAAGAAUUCUGGGAGCUGCAGUUUGCUAAAGGAGGUGGGAGUUGUUUGAAAACCACUGUGCCCUAUGUCAUUCUCAGAGUUGUCUUACAAGCAAUCCAUCUAGGCCAGUGUUGUCCAAUAGGCAGCUGGAGAUUUCAGGCAGAUGUUUGCUCCCUAAGGUCCUUGUAGCUGGAGAGGCCAGGAGCUGAGCACCUCCACAUCUUCACAGUCUCUGGGUUAGGCACGUACCCUCCAACACAACUCAGACCAAUCAAUCAAUCAAUCAAUCAAUUUUUAUUUAUACCCCACCCUUCUGGGUUUAAAAACCGGGCUCAGGGCGGCACCUCAAAUAUAAAACAUUGAUUAAAAUGCAAAUUGAAAACAGCAUAAAAUACAACAUAAAAUGCAGCGUCAAUAUCAAUAAAACUCAAAAAUUCAGGGGUCAUUUGGGGGAAGGAAGGAAGGAAGGAAGGAAGGACCCAGUCAGUAGACAUAAAGUGAUCACCAAGUUGGUCCUACUAGGGCCAGCAAGGAGGCCAGGGAAUAAUUUAAAUAUGGGGUCCCAGAGAGGGUUUCUUCAUAGAAGAGUAAAGGGGGAAAGGGAAUAGAGGAUCAAGCUAAUUCAAAUUGAAGGCCAGGCAGAAUAGCUCUGUCUUACAGGCCCUGCGGAAGGAGAUCAAGUCCUCCAGGGCCCUAGUCUUGUGGGACAGAGCAUUCCACCAGGUCGGAGCCAUCACUGAAAAAGCCCUGGCCCUGGUGGAGGAUAGUCUGGCUUACUUAGGGCCCGGGACCUUUAAGCUAUUAUUAUUCAUGGACCUUAGGGUCCUCUGUGGGACAUACCAGGAGAGACGGUCCUGUAGAUACGAGGGUCCUAGGCCGCAUAGGACUUUAAAGGUCAAAACCAGCACCUUAAACCUGACCCUAUACUCCACCGUGAGCCAGUGCAGCUGGUAGAGCACUGGGUGAAUAUGCUCCCAUGGCAGAGACCCCGUGAGGAGCCUCGCUGCAGCAUUCUGCACCCACUGGAGUUUCUGGGACAGUUUCAAGGGCAGCCCCGCAUAGAGCGAGUUACAGUAGUCAAGCCUGGAGGUGACCGCCGCAUGGAUCACUGUGGCCAGGUUGGGGCGGGAAAGGUAAAUAGGGACAUUUCUCACUGUCCCCAACUGACCCUCCUCAUUUUAAGUUCCUUAUACGAAAAUCAUGCACUGUUAUUCAGGCAGAAAGAUUUGCACAUGGAAGUAGAGGGAUUUUGCACCACAUGUUCAGAUCAAUUGCCUGUGUGGAGUCCUUGCACAAUCAGGAUUUGAUUUUGAGCCUAGCUUCCCUACAAAAGCCCUGCAACCUGUUUCCUGUAAGAACAAUAUGGCAACAGCAACAACAGUUUCAUGGGCAUGUGCAAAUUGCUGUUUCCCUCACCACUGAGCAUCCAGACAUAUCUGGAAAUAAGGGUAGGGCCAGGCUAGGCUUUGAGUCCUCGCAUCUCCAGCUUCAAAAAAGAAUCAUGGGAUUCAACAUGAAUUACUGUCAUUACAUGUCAGCAGACUGCCACUGGAACAGGGGAGGGAGGCAGGGGGCCCGUUGGGAUACGGAGAGCCUCCAAAACUCCUGAGGAGCAGUUCCUCUUCCAGCGGUGGUAAAAGCCACACCUCCAGUGGGGGAAGAGAGGGUGUGCUGGUCCCGUGGGUUACCCGAGAGGCGAGGUCCAAGUCCGGUCCAUGGUCAAAGAUGCAACGGGGAGGCAGUCCGUAGUAGCUGAAGCUGGGUGCUGGGCAGGGAGUCGGGUGAAGUCAGGAACAGGCAUGCAAGCAGGGAGCCAGGGCGGGUCAGGAGCUCUGUCCAAAAAGCAGGACAGGGUUCAGGCAGGAACUAGCAACCAACAAUGUUGCUCCCGCAACUUGGGACUGGGGCGGGCUGGCUGGCUUUUAUCUGCCCUGAGGCAUAGGGCAGCCCCGAUCCUCUGGUGACUCGCCUCUCCUGGCCUGGAGGCGAGCACUCCUCCUGCGGGAACUUAGUUCCCUCCGCCUCUCUGCAGCUCAGGAGCGGCUGGAGGGUUACCGGACCCAGAGGCAACCUCAGCUUCCUCUGACGGGGCUGAGAGUGGAGCACCUGCAGGCAAUGGGUCCUCCAUCACCUCAGGAGCCAGAACAGACUCAGCUGGUGCCUGCACCUGAGGAUCCAGCACAGGUGAGGACCCUUCAGGCUCAUGCCCCAGCCCCGGCUCAGCUGGUUCUGGAGGCGGAGAAUCCUGUGCAGGCUGGGAUCCCUCAGGUUCAGCGUCCGAGUCUGAAUCCCAGGCCAUCACAGAGGGAAGGGGCCAGCCAAGUGAGGAAAGGGCUCGAGGAUGCUGCUGAGAGCCCCAGCGCCUCACCUAGCCAGGCUGGCCAGGAGGGACGCACGCCACUUCUGUUGCCCAGCUUGCGCAGAGGGGUGAAACGCAAGGAGGGGAGGAGGAGGCUUGGGGUGCCAAAGUUCUUGUGUUGGGGGAGAAACCAGAGGGGGCCACGCCCGGAUUCUGCAAGUGACUAAGACAGACAUGAACUUUGUGGAUCUGCACUAUAAAUAGUUUGCACAAAUAAAACCUGUAAAAGACAGGUCGGAGUCCUGCCUGGUUACUCACGAGCAACCACCACUCGCAUCUGACAUUACAGUUCUGUGCAAAUGUGAAACUGAGACUGACUCUUUGCUUGGUGUCUUGCAGGUGCCUGUAAAACACUCGACCAUGGCAUCUUCCAAUGACUCCACAGUGUCGUCCAAUUACACCACUUACAGCCUGUUCAACAAAUUUGUCCACCUCGAUGGAGAACUGUCGGACACGUUUUAUACCCUGUGGAUAGUGCUGGUGGUGAUCAAUGCCAUCAUUUUCCUGGUGGGCGUGGUGUUGAACUCUCUGGCCCUCUACGUCUUUUGCUUCCGCACCAAGACGAAAACCACCUCGGUCAUCUACACCAUCAACCUGAUCAUCACCGACUUGCUGGUGGGCUUCUCUUUGCCCAUCCGGAUCAUCAUGCACUAUAGCGCCAGGAACUGCCAGAGGUGUGCCCUCGUCCACAUCUUCACCUACUUCGUCAACAUGUAUUGCAGCAUCCUCUUCCUCACCUGCAUCUGCAUCGAUCGGUACCUGGCCAUUGUCCAGGUGGAAGCCUCCCGCCGAUGGAGGAACCCCAACUACGCCAAAGGCAUCUGCAUUUUCAUCUGGGUCUUUGCCACCGUGGUCACCUUCUCAAUCCUCACCAUGGCCAUGCAGUUCUCAGAGUGCUGCAUCGCCCAGAUCCUGCCCCUCAUGGUCUGCGAGUACCUGUUCCCCCUUGUCAUCAUCACUUUCUUCACCACCAGGAUCAUGUGCGCCCUCUCCAAGCCGACGCUCAUGCACCAGAGUCGCGAGCGGCGGAUGAGGGCAGUGCAGCUCCUCAUCACGGUCCUCAUCAUCUUCAUGAUCUGCUUCACUCCCUUCCACGUGCGCCAGCUGGCCAUCUCCAUCAACCCAGCCAUGCCCAAUGACAUCAGCUUGAUCGUCUACCACGUGACCGUCACCUUGAGCAGCCUCAACAGCUGCAUGGACCCCAUCGUCUACUGCUUUGUCACCAACAACUUCCAGUCAACCAUGAAGAACAUCUUCAGGAAGUCUGAGCCGGAGCAGACCAGUGGAGACAUCAUCAGCGUAAACAAGGGCUCGGGCUCGAAUGCCAUUAUGGCCUUCUCAAAUGCUGUAGGGACCCCACUGGCCCUGCCCUCACCAAAUAGUACAGCGAGCUCCUAAAGGCUGGUGCGUCCCCAUGUACAUUGUUGUAAAUGUCAGGAUAUGCGACACUAUUCUCUUUCCUAAGAGUAAUUUAGAACAUCACGUUGACCUUCAAAUAUGAAGCAACACUCCUUGGGUUCUCCAGUGGCACCAACAAUGGCAGGCUGGCUUUCUCUUGUGGGAAUGAUAUGGCGAGGUCUCCACUUCAUUGCCAGUUCCUGGGUUUGCACCCCAGGACGGAGUCUGCAUCCCGACUUUGCAGCACCAGCUCCCUCAAGCUGGGAACCACAGAGCAAAGGACAGUCGCAGCUACAUAUUUUGGCAGGUCUGUCCACUUCUCCACAAUCACUUGGAGAGAACUUGAAACAUAGAAGGGCGUUUUGUUUUGUUGUUCAGAUGCCACUCCUAUAGACAGUUUCAACUACGACAGAAGGAAAUGUUAGCAAUGGGUGCUUCCAGACUAUUGCUAUGUUCAAGUGGAAGUCAGCCAUGGACCGGCAAAUUUCAGCUGAUUUGGCCUUCUUAUGCAGCAAAUCCACUUUUCACUCCAAAAUCGUUAAUUUUCUGCAAUAAGGAGAUUGAUGGGGAAAGGCAGUGGAGAGUGUGAGAUAACAACUGUUUUAUGCAACGUUUGUACAAUCGCCUCACAAACAAAUCAGAAUGGAUGCUCAAUAAACAGUCACUAUGGUCUCACCACUCGACAAACUUUGCACAAAUAAAUCAGAAUGGAUGCUGUCUGGAAGCAACCAAUGACUUAGAACUUUGAAGGAUAAUAAUAAAGGAGAUGAACAAUUUUGAGAAAUUGGUGGUGGUAUUAUUAUUAUUUUUAAUGUAUAUCCCAACUGAAUGCAAAAAGUCAAGAGAGC